UAGAUGCAGUGUAUCUGGGAAAUAAGAGAGAUAUAGUGCUGCUCCAUUCUGCAUAUUCAAUGCCUUGUUGGUGGAAGAAAUGACAAUAAAAUUCAUGCCAUUAGAAACUCACACCGUCUUCACAUGCCCAUCUCCUGUUGAUUGAGGGAUUCAGAUUAUGCAUAUUCAAGAAUCCGUACUGGGUAUAAAUACAUCGUUAUGACGGAUGGUGGCAUUUCAUUAAUGCAACUUGAGCUGACAAUUCUUAGCGCAUCAUGAAAAAAUCAGGAAUGGCCAGUUUCUCACCCGUAGCUAAGUGCCGGUACAAGAAUCGUUCCAUAAGCUUGCCUGCUCGGUCGCAUCCGAGUGCCCGAAAAAUUGAGGAAGAGCUCGACAAGCUCAGGUCCUGGCAGGAGGCACCACUGUUGUGCUCCUAUAAGGCGGAGGAAUUGCUCCAAGGCCUAGUUGGGCUCAGCGAGCUGUAUACGUGCAUUGCCGAUUUCCUAGAUUUGCCGUCCACCAGCAGAGCUCUAGGACAAAACCGGCAUGAGGUGUGGCUUGACGAGUUGCUCCGAGGCUCCAUAAACUACCUAGACAUGUGCGGCAGGAUCCAGGAUGCGAUCUCAUCGUUGAAAGGAAGUGUUCGAGAGCUUCAAUCUAUCCUCAGAAGAAGCAAAGUCAGAAUUCUUGACGUUGAGAACGACGUCAAUGCGUAUGUUUCCUUCAGAAAAGGGAUGAGGAAGGAAAUUGCAAGGUCUCAAGCAGUGCUUAAGCAACAGGAACACGGCAUGUUCGAGGCAAUCGCUCCCUUACUUCUCGACAAUGACCUCUGUGCAGUAACAAGUGUACUGAGCGAGGCGAACGCUGUCGCUGGCUCCGUCUUCCUCGCGCUCCUGUCAUUCCUAUCAUCGUCAGUUUCGAAACUGAAGCCAGGUAGAUGGUCGACGGUUUCAAGGUCGGUACUCAAACGGGUGAUAGUCUGCGAUGACGAUCGCCGGCAGAGCACAGGACCUAAUGAGCUAGAGAGUGUGGACGUGGAGCUUACCAAGUUGCUGGAGUCCAAUUCAGGCAAACACAUCGAGAGCGAGAGGAUCGAGUCAGCAAACUUGAAGUUACAGGCUUUAAGCGAUUACAUUGAAGGCCUUGAGAGCGGAUUAGAGGGCUUGUUCAGGCACUUGAUCCACACAAGAGUGUGCCUCCUGAAUCUAUUUUCCGGUUGAAAAGUUUUUACCAAUUGUUCUUGUUCAUGUAU